AUGGAGGAAAGGUAUGAGCCAUUGAAGGAUCUUGGUGCUGGGAAUUUUGGAGUGGCAAGGCUUGUCAGAGAUAAGAAGACUAAAGAGCUUCUUGCUGUCAAGUACAUUGAGAGAGGGAAGAAGAUUGAUGAGAAUGUACAAAGGGAAAUCAUCAACCACAGGUCCUUAAGGCACCCCAACAUUAUCAGGUUCAAAGAGGUUGUGCUCACUCCAACACAUUUGGCAAUAGUGAUGGAAUAUGCUGCCGGGGGAGAACUUUUUGCAAGAAUAUGCAGUGCUGGUAGAUUCAGCGAAGAUGAGGCUCGCUUUUUCUUCCAACAACUAAUAUCUGGUGUCAGCUAUUGUCAUGCAAUGGAAAUUUGCCAUAGGGACUUGAAACUGGAGAAUACUCUCUUGGAUGGGAGUCCUACACCACGUGUCAAAAUAUGCGAUUUCGGCUACUCAAAGUCUGGAUUGCUGCACUCACAACCCAAAUCAACCGUGGGAACACCAGCAUAUAUAGCACCUGAGGUCCUGUCAAGAAAGGAAUAUGAUGGAAAGAUAGCGGAUGUUUGGUCAUGCGGCGUGACAUUAUACGUGAUGUUGGUGGGAUCAUAUCCCUUUGAGGAACCUGAUGAUCCCAGAAAUUUCAGGAAGACCAUAGCUAGAAUCAUGAGUGCUCAGUAUUCCAUCCCGGAUUAUGUCCGAGUUUCUGCAGAUUGUCGACAUCUACUCUCUCGCAUCUUUGUUACUAAUCCAUCCAAGAGGAUUACCAUUCCAGAGAUAAAGCAACAUCCAUGGUUCCUAAAGAAUUUGCCGAAGGAGCUUGUAGAUGCGGAAAAGCAGGGUAGUAGUACCAAACAAGAACCUGAUCCUGAACAACAGCUUCAAAGUGUGGAAGACAUAAUGAGGAUCAUACAAGAGGCGAAAAUCCCAGGCGAAGCGCCUAAACCCGAAACACAAAACUCCAUUGUUGGAUCGAUCGACACUGAUGAUUUAGAAGGUGACCUGGAAUCAGAAAUCGACAAUAGCGGAGAUUUUGUGGUACGAGUUUGA